AUGAAAGCCCCGACUUUCUGGGCAGAAAAGACUGAAGUUCUGAGUGAAGACCUCCUUCAGGUGGAGAAGCGCCUGGAGCUAGUGAAGCAGGUUUCCCACAGCACCCACAAGAAGCUGACUGCAUGUCUUCAGGGCCAGCAAGGGACGGAAGCCGACAAGCGCUCAAAAAAAUUGCCUUUGACGACACUGGCUCAAUGCUUGAUGGAAGGGUCGGCUAUCCUGGGAGAUGACACACUUCUUGGGAAGAUGCUAAAACUCUGUGGAGAGACGGAGGACAAGCUGGCUCAAGAGCUGAUACAUUUUGAACUGCAAGUAGAGAGAGAUGUGAUCGAGCCCCUGUUUUUGCUGGCUGAGGUAGAAAUUCCAAAUAUUCAAAAACAGAGGAAACAUUUAGCAAAGUUGGUGCUGGACAUGGAUUCCUCCCGGACCAGGUGGCAGCAGACUUCCAGGUCUUCAGGUCUGUCCAGCAGUUUACAGCCUGCGGGUGCCAAAGCUGAUGCCCUCAGGGAAGAAAUGGAGGAGGCUGCCAACAGAGUGGAGAUUUGCAGGGACCAGCUCUCAGCUGACAUGUACAGUUUUGUGGCCAAAGAAAUUGACUAUGCAAACUACUUUCAAAAGCUGAUCGAAGUGCAAGCUGAAUACCACAGGAAGUCACUGACGCUCCUGCAGGCUGUGCUGCCUCAGAUAAAAGCACAGCAGGAGGCCUGGGUGGAGAAGCCUUCCUUCGGGAAGCCCCUGGAGGAGCACCUCACCAUCAGCGGCCGAGAGAUUGCCUUCCCCAUCGAGGCAUGUGUGACGAUGCUGCUUGAGUGCGGGAUGCAGGAGGAGGGACUCUUCCGAGUUGCUCCCUCUGCGUCCAAGCUGAAGAAGCUGAAAGCUGCCCUGGACUGCUGUGUGGUGGAUGUGCAGGAGUACUCGGCUGACCCCCAUGCCAUUGCAGGAGCUUUGAAGUCUUACCUCCGAGAAUUGCCAGAACCUCUCAUGACCUUUGAACUGUAUGACGAGUGGAUUCAGGCUUCCAAUAUUCAGGAGCAAGACAAGAGGCUUCAGGCUCUGUGGAAUGCUUGUGAGAAACUACCCAAGGCCAACCACAACAACAUCCGGUACUUGAUCAAAUUUUUAUCCAAGCUGUCAGAAUAUCAAGAUAUAAACAAGAUGACCCCCAGUAACAUGGCAAUUGUGUUAGGACCCAACCUCCUGUGGCCACAAGCGGAAGGGAACAUCACAGAGAUGAUGACCACGGUUUCACUGCAGAUUGUUGGGAUCAUCGAACCCAUCAUCCAGCAUGCUGACUGGUUCUUCCCUGGGGAGAUAGAAUUCAACAUUACAGGGAACUAUGGGAGUCCGGUACAUGUGAACCAUAACGCCAACUACAGCUCCAUGCCCUCCCCCGACAUGGAUCCCGCCGACCGCCGCCAGCCCGAGCAGGCCCGCCGGCCCCUUAGCGUUGCCACGGAUAAUAUGAUGCUGGAGUUUUACAAAAAGGAUGGCCUUAGGAAAAUCCAAAGCAUGGGCGUGAGGGUCAUGGACACAUCCUGGGUGGCCCGAAGAGGCUCCUCCGUAGGCAGGAAAGCAUCUUGUGCCCCGCCCUCCAUGCAGCCUCCCGCCCCACCUGCUGAGCUGUCUCCGCUGCCGCCAUCACCCCUUCGCGAGCAGCCUCUGGACAGCCCGGCCAUCCCCUCGCUUUCUCCAUCUAGCAUGGGCCUCCAGCCCGGCACCACCGCAGAGCGCACCAGUGCUUCUAAAAGCAAAGAACUUUCUCCUGGGUCUGUGCAGAAAGGAAGUCCAGGCUCCAGCCAGGGGAUACCCUGUGCAGGGACACAACCAGGGGUGCAAACAGGGGCCAGCCCCAGCCAGCCGCCUGCAGACCAGAGUCCUCACACCCUCCGGAAAGUUUCAAAGAAGUUGGCACCAAUUCCACCCAAGGUUCCCUUUGGCCAGUUGGGGCCUAUGACUGAGCAGCCCACCGCCGGCCAGCCCUCCCCAGUCAGCCUGUCUCCCACCCCUCCGAGCACCCCAUCACCCUAUGGACUGAGUUACCCUCAAGGGUACUCCUUGGCCUCUGGCCAGCUCUCCCCGGCUGCAGCAGCCCCGCCUCUGUCCUCUCCUACUGUCUUUACAAGCACUUCUGCCAAAUCGAGGCCCACCCCUAAGCCCCGACAGAGACCCACCCUGCCACCGCCUCAGCCUCCCACAGUAAACCUCUCAGCCUCUAGUCCACAGCCUGCGGAGCACCCUAUGCUAGAUGGCAUGUCCCCCGGGGAGAGCAUGUCCACAGAUCUUGUCCACUUUGAUAUCCCCUCUAUCCACGUAGAGCUCGGGUCCUCGCUCCGCCUGAGCCCCCUGGAGCACGUGCGGCGACACUCGGUGACUGAGAAAAGGGACUCGGAGGAGGAGUCUGAGAGCACCGCCCUCUGA